AUGCCGGGAGAGGGGAAAGCCUCGGAGACUCGUUCUGAAACAAGGCUGCCCUUUUAUUCUCCUUUACGACUGCAUUUUAAUAUCCACAAACACCCCUCCCUCCCCAGGCUGCUGCCAGCAGAGCCUGUAUCGCCUGCGCUUGGCCUGCUGAGAAACCCCGGCCAAACCCUGGGCCCAGUGCAGGGGAGAGGAUUAUUUUCCCCCCUCGUUGUUUUUUUUCUUUUUUUUUUUUUUUUUUAAUAUAUGUUUUCUAUAGCUCUAAUUGGACAGGCUUGAGCCCCAGCCAAGGCAAACACACCUGGGGGAACCUCGCCUUACAGACCCCAUCUGCUGUGUCGGGGGCUCUGCUCCCCGCACAGCCGCUGCCUGGCCCCUUUAUAGGGGAGGGGGCUGCUGGGGGGGGUGGCGUAGGACCGCUCCCACGCCAAGCCAAGCCACAGAGCAGCCUCCGUGCAGGAGGAGAGCCCAGCAAGGCGGUGCAGGGAGAUGGUGCAGAGGCAGCGGGGCGCCCAGCAGAGCCCCGUCCCACGGCGACACUCCCGUCUGGCGUGGAACUGAGAUGCGCAGUCCCAUCCCAGGCCUGGGCAGGGUGAUGGUCUUCCUCGCAGCAGCCCUGGCGUCAGCCUCCCUCGCCAUCCCCGAGGGCUGGGAAGAGGAAGGUGUGCAGUAUGGACAGGUGGGGACAGACGUGACGCUGUUGUGUGCCGGUGCCCACUCCGGCUCGCUGGUGCAAUGGCGACGGGCAGGAGCUGAGGCAUUGCCGGAGGGCUCGGCCAUCCAUCACGGAGCCCUGGUGCUGCCGCACGCUGGCUUGGCCUCUGCGGGGACCUACAGCUGCCACAGCGAGGACGGUGACCUCCUGCAUGCCGUGUCCCUGUGGCUGGGGUACCUGCCGGGAGUCCCCUUUGUGUCCUGCAGAGCAUCCGACUAUGAGAAUUUCUCCUGCUCAUGGACCUCCAGUGUGGAGACCUUCCUCCCCACCAGAUACAUCACCACCUACAGGAAGAAAUCGCUGACAGGCGAAGAGAAGCGGAGGAACAAGAAUGGGCAUGUGGGGCCAUGCCUGCAGGAUCCGUCCCACCCCGGCACCUGCACCGUCCAUGGGUCAGAGUUCUGGAGCUCCUACCGCCUGAACAUCACUGAGGUUAACCCGCUGGGAUCCAGCUUCCGCCUCCUCGAUGUCACCAUGCAGGCCAUCAUUAAGCCAGACCCUCCAGAGGGGUUGGUGGUGGAGCCCAUCCCCUUGGCCCCACGGCGGCUCCAUGUGAGCUGGAAGUACCCAUCAUCCUGGCCCAAGGAGCCCCACUUCCAGCUGAGGUUUCGACUACAGUACCGGCCCGUGAUCCACCGCUCCUGGUCCGUGGUGGAGACAGUGAACCUCUCCGAGGUGAUCACAGAUGCCUUUGCUGGGCUGGAACACGUGGUCCAAGUCAGUGCCAAGGAUUUCCUGGAUGCGGGGAACUGGAGUGAGUGGAGUGCUGAGGCCCGGGCAACGCCAGUCACAGACCCAGCCACUGCGAUGAGUGAAGAAACCACUACAGAUCCCAACCUGGAGAGCCUGGCUGAGGAGCCCUCCCAGGCUCCCAACCCUGAGCCUAUCAACCGCAGUGACCCCCUGGAGAAGACGGCUGUCCUGGUGUCGCUUGGGAUCUUCGCCUUCUUUGUCCUGGCUGCUGUUCUUGUCAUCACCAUCCUCAUAUGGCUCCGGGUGAGGAAACACGGCAAGGACAAGACAAAACCCAACUUCUUGGUUACUGCCACCCACUUGAAGGCACUGCCGAAGGCCCAGAUCCUGUAGAGAGCCUUGGCCAAAUCCCGCUCCCUGCACCCACUCGCCCACGCCUGGGACUCGAUGCCACUGCUGGUUCCCAAGGACCCCACACUUCCUGGGUCACCCCACAGCUGUGGACAUUGCCGAAGCACCUGGGGGUGCUGGAUGGACGCUAAGGAGAGAGGCUUUGCUCCCAGGAGCUUUGGGCUGCCUGUGCCUACCAGGAGCUGGCUGGAGGCACCUUGGACUCAAGGCGGAGGGCCAGCCCCACCGCCAGGCGCUGCUGAACACAUGGGGAUAAAAUGCUGAGCCAGCCAUACUUCACUGCCUAGUGUUGAGGGGGACCACCCAUGCGGGCUACCAGGGGAUGCUGAGCCUUGCUGAUCACCCCCCACCAGCCACCAGCAAGUAGAAGGGACCUCCCCCAAACCCUCUGUCCCUCUCCCCCAUCCCUCUGUCCCCAUCCCCCGUACUGUGGCUGGACGAAGCAGUGAUGCCAAUAAAGGGGAUAGUGAUGGCACUGCCCAAGCAAUA